AUGGGAUCUGCUUUAUCGAAAACGUCUAUUCUUUGUCAUGAUUGUGAUAAAAAAGCAAAUGAUGAUAAAAAGAGCGAACUAAAUCCUGUUAAUGAAUUCCAACAGCAAAGCUUUCAAACCACUGAAAAAGAAGAAAUAACUGAAUUUGAUAGCUCUCCUGGUGGCGUGUCUCCGAUUGGAAGCGAUUUUAGAGGAUUUUUAUUAGAGGAAAACGAUAGCAAUGGAUUUAAAGAACAUACUUUAGCGUUUGAUUUAGGAGGAAAAUUAAGUUGGAUUGAAAAAGAAAUAUUGAAGGAAAAAUAUAUGAUUAAAAGCUCUCUGAGAGAGCAAAGUUUAAGAAGAAUCAAUCCAAGAGGUAGUAAUCUACUUCAAGAAAUUGAAAAAUCAAGCUCGCAAGCUAGCUCAGAGUUUUAUCAAGUAGAAAUUAACUUAGAUGAAAUAAAGGAUAGAAAAAACAACCAAUAUCUAAAUAAAACAAGCGAUUUAGUUGAUAUGAAAUCGCCUCCAAGAACACCAAGCCUUAUGAGAUUUUCGACACUAGAAUCACCAAGUUUUCAUCAUAGAAGCUACUCUAGCAAUAUGAGUGACAAAUCAAUUAAUUUAGUUGAAAGGCUAAGAUCUGAAGCAUCUAGCAAUUUGAAUUAUAAUACCUCUUAUGAAGCAUCUCAUAUAUAA